AUGGAAGGUAAUUCUUCGCCAAGAAGAGAGUUGAGGGCACUGGUUGUUGACGAUCAAGAAAUGCUGAGGAGGAUCCAUGAGAGAAUGCUGAACAGCGUUGGAGUGACAAACGUCGAGACUGUCGAAAAUGGCCAGGAAGCCAUCAACAUUCACAGAGCAGGCCGAAGUUUUGAUCUAAUUCUCAUGGACUUGGACAUGCCCAUCAUGAACGGCAUCGAGGCGACGAGGGGUCUUCGAGCAAUGGGGAUCAGAAGCAAGAUCGCAGGCGUAUCAGCAAGAAGCGAAGAAGCAAGACUUGAAGAAUUCAUGAAAGCUGGCAUCGAUCUCUUCCUUCACAAACCCUUAACUUCUCCUGACCUCUCUUCACUUGUUCGCAGUAUCAACCCUCUUUGA